GCCCGGCGCUGGGGACACAGGAGGACGCCCGCCCGCAGGAGCAGCCCGAGCAGCCCGGAAGGACCGCAGAGUAAGCCCCAGCCCUCCGGCUCUCCUGAAAGGAAGCCAGACACUCUGGGAGCUCGUCUUCCUGGUGCAGGAACCCCAAGCUGAGGAGCUCGACGUGGGGCUCAAACCAACCUGCUCCUUGGGGGAAACCUCUGCAAUUGUGAAAUCCAUCCCACUGAACAUGAGCAAAAGCUACACCAUGAGGUUCCAUGGAAGGGUAACCUACGAUGCCGAUGUGCUAAAGAUGUUUUGGGAGAAAAAAAUCAAGCUUCACACGGAACUACUGCAGAAGGAGGACAUGAGGAUCCGCAGGAGCGCCCUGGACAGGCUCCGCGACGAGUGGGCUCGGCAGCUAGAGAGGAGGAAUCAGAUGCUGCAGAGCUCCCGGGAGGCGCCCCCGCGGCCAGCCCCGCCCUGCACGCCCACCCUGGGCGCCGGCGACCAUCCAGCGGCCUGAGAGCGGCAGCGCCCCGCUGCCCCGCGCCGCCCUUGCGGCAGCCCAGCCCCCGCGUGGUUUUGCGUCUCUAGCGCAAUGUAAGCGCCCAAUAAAAUCUCAGAUG